AGGGGGGUUGGGAAAGUUGAGGCAGUGCUGCCGCCGGGUCUCCGGCCUUGAAGGCUCCGGCUCGCAACGGCGGCGGCGGCCGCAGGAAGAGGCAGCGGGGGCGGGGGGAGAGGGGGGCCUGGGCCCGCGCUCCCCCAGCCCCGGAGGAGCAGGCGGCGGCCGCGGACGGAGAGAUUCGCCGGGGCAGUCAGACACCCCUGCUUGCCCUGCCUGGGAUCAUGACCCAGGCGGGGGUCGCCGCCGCCGCCGCCGCCGCCACCAGCGCGGCCGAGACCGCGCAGCCGGCGGUUAGAAGAAAACAUAACCUAUAGACCAUCCUCUGGCUGAAGAUGAUAGAUUUGGAUCAGAAACGGGAGGUGUUGGAAGCCAGGAAUCAAAAGUGAAGAAACUCUGCAAACUCUUGGGUGAGAAAGAGGAACAAGGAACAGCUAUGCUUGCACCUCCUCCAGUUACCAGAACAGCUCACCAGCUUGGCAGACCUCCUUUGGAAGGUUCCUACCACUGUCACCAUGCCAGAAAUGACAGAGCAUGAGACUCCUACAAAAAAGCAGCACAGAAAGAAAAACCGGGAGACACACAAUGCAGUGGAGAGGCAUAGAAAGAAGAAAAUCAAUGCUGGGAUAAACAGGAUAGGAGAGCUGAUUCCCUGUUCCCCUGCCCUGAAGCAGAGCAAGAAUAUGAUCCUGGACCAAGCCUUUAAAUAUAUAACAGAAUUAAAAAGGCAGAAUGAUGAACUCCUGUUGAAUGGAGGAAACAAUGAGCAAGCUGAAGAAAUUAAAAAGCUACGGAAACAACUGGAAGAAAUCCAAAAAGAAAAUGGCCGCUAUAUUGAAUUACUGAAAGCAAAUGACAUAUGCUUAUAUGAUGACCCCACAAUCCACUGGAAAGGAAACCUUAAAAACUCAAAGGUAUCUGUUGUUAUUCCAAGUGACCAGGUUCAGAAAAAUAUCAUUGUUUAUUCCAAUGGGAGUCAGCCUGGUGGAAACAGUCAAGGAACAACGGUUCAGGGUAUAACCUUUAAUGUUGGUCAUAAUUUACAGAAGCAAACAGCCAAUGUGGUGCCAGUACAGAGAACUUGCAAUCUUGUGACUCCUGUGUCUAUUUCUGGAAUUUACCCUUCUGAAAACAAGCCAUGGCAUCAGACCACAGUUUCUGCAUUGGCUGCCAAUCAACCUGUUCCUCUUUGUCUUCCUGCUACCAUUUCUGCUCAAAAUAUUCUUGAGCUUCCCACCUCUGAAAGUGAAGCAAGUGUGCUCGGUGCCACCGGAGGCUCACUGAUUGCUGUAACAGUUGGUCCUGAACCUCAUCAGCAUCCUUCCUCACACACAUGUCCAAAUGAUCAGAAUUCUUCUGAAAAUAACAGUGGGUUAGACAGCACCAAAUUAGUAAAGAAGACAUCCCCCUGUCUCACAAAUGUCUCCUCCAGCUCCUCAGCCACUGCCACUAAGGUACACUGUGGAACCAAGUCCUGUUUGAGCCUUCAGAACUGCAGAGGUGAUUUGCAAAAUACCUUUGUUGUUUCAGUUACCACAACAGUCUGGUCCCAGCCUCCCAAACCUGCAGGAAAUCCUUCUCCACUGAGCAUUAGCAAGUGCACAGACUCAACAAAUAUAACCACAGUGGUGGCAUCUUCUGUCCCUGGAGUAGGGAAGACCACUAGUCCAGUAAGCACACUUUCCACAAAUCCUUUGGACAGUAGUUGGACUCUUUCUUGUUCUUUGCCUUCUUCAAGUGCUAGUGCUUCAGAUUUGAAAAACAUUAACAGCCUUACCCGAAUAUCUUCAGCUGGAAACACACAGACAACGUGGACUACUUUGCAACUGGCAGGAAACACUAUUCAGCCCUUAAGCCAGACACCAUCUUCCACUGUGACUCCAGUGUUGAGUGAGUGUGGUACUAGCCCCACCACAAGCAACCACAGUAGACAUGUGACCACAGGCAUCAGUUUAAAUAAUUCCCUUCCCGCAGAUGGACAGCCAGUUGAGCAAGUAGUUGUUACGUUGCCUUCUUGUCCACCUUUACCUAUGCAGCCGCUAAUUUCCCAGCCACAAGUUAAAUCUCAACCUCCAAAAAAUCUCCUUCCACUGAAUUCAGCAAUGCAGGUGAUUCAGAUGGCUCAGCCAGUUGCACCAGCUGUUAAUGGAGCUUCAGCUAAUCAAAACGUUAUCAUUCUUCAGCCACCCAGCACCACCCCCUGCCCAACAGUGAUGAGGGCAGAGGUUCCAAACCAAACAGUAGGGCAACAGAUAGUCAUCAUACAGGCAGCUAAUCAGAAUCCGUUGUCACUCCUUUCUGCUCCACCUCCUGGUUCUGUUCGACUCCCUGUCAAUGGAGCCAGUGCUAUAGUAGGCUCUAGUAAUUCAGUGCAAAAUGUUUCUACCCCACAGACUUUUGGAGGAAAGCAUCUUGUCCACAUAUUACCAAGACCUUCAUCUUUAUCAACAUCUAGUUCAACCCAGACUUUUUCUGUUACCAUGUCAAACCAACAACAGCCUCAGACCAUCUCUUUAAAUGGACAGCUCUUUGCUUUGCAGCCUGUGAUGUCUUCAUCAGCAACUACAAGUCAAACCCCUAUGCAAAUUAUUCAACCCACCACCAGCGAAGAUCCAAAUACUAACGUUGCCCUGAAUACAUUUGGUGCUUUGGCCAGCCUCAAUCAAAGCAUAUCACAGAUGGCUGGGCAAAGCUGUGUACACCUGUCUAUUAGUCCCUCUGCCAAUCCUCAAACUGCUGCAAAUAGUCAAACCAGCCCUGCUAACUGUGUUUCAUUAACAGCAGGUAUAGCACCUCCCAUGACAACAGAUAAUUCAGCCACUCUACCCAGUACUUACAGUCUUGUGACUACUUCAGUAAACACUACUGCUUGUUUGCCGCCAGCCAUGAAGUCAAAAAGGUUAACUAAGAAGCCAGGUGCCAAGAAACACUUAGCAGCUAGCAAACCGGCGUGUCCCCUGAAUCCAGUCAGAGAAGUAGGCAAGUUAGACCGCCCCAGACCUGAAGGCUCCGUAGAGCCACCAUGUCACGAUGGACUGCUGGAAAGCCUUCCUGUUGUUCUACCAUCUGUCACUGUGUCCGAAGCAAAUAAUGUUAGUGUUUCUGCUUCACAUUCUUUGGAUGUUCUAAAUUCUGAAACAGUAAUGCCUGAAUCGGUGUCCAAAUCUAAGUCAGCAGAAGCAUCUAGCUCACCCUGCCAAGAAUCUGUAACAAGUGAACAUUUUGCAGCAUCCCCAGAAAAAUCCAAAGAUUCUGUGCCCAUUUUGGAACAAGAGACAUCUCAGGAUAGACCACCAACUAGUUUAGCAUUGUCAGAUGCUACCAAGUCCUGCACUUCAGCCAAUGCAUUAAUUCCAUCUCCAGGUGAUUCCCAGGUUUUGGUUUCUCAGGUUUCUGGUUUGUCAUCCACCACAAGCACUACAAAUACGGACUGUGUUUCUGAGGUAGAAAUCAUCACAGAACCUUGCAGGAUUGAGCAAAGUUCAUCAGAUACAAUGCGAGCUGCAGGGCUCUUAAAGGGGCAAGGUUUAACUACAUUGCUGUCUGAUCUUGCUAAAGAAAAGGACCCUCAGAAAUUGUCUCUUUCGGUACAAAUUGAUCAUCCUGACUUUUCUUCAGAAAAUUCUAAGGUAGUUGAUUCCACUGUGGAUUUACAUCCUAAACAGGAAUUAUUACUGGUGAACAGUGAAGACAGUGAUCCACCACAGCAGCAUUCCUGCCUCCCUGAUCAGGAAGUUAUGAAUGGUUCUCUCCUUGCCAGGCAGGCUGACUCUCCCAUGUCAACCAGCUCUGGCAGUAGUCGUAGCUUCUCAGUGGCAUCCAUGCUUCCUGAAACAACUAGAGAAGAUGUGACCAGCACUACAACAACUAACACAUGUGACAGCUGUACCUUUGUAGAGCAAACUGAUAUAGUAGCUCUUGCAGCAAGAGCUAUUUUUGACCAGGAGAACAUCGAGAAGGGAAGAGCUGGCAUCCAGGCUGAUAUGAGAGAGGUUACUUCAAAGUCUUCUGAAGAAUCAUCUUUGGAGGGAGACCAACCUUUCAAAUCACACAUCCCUAAAGAGACUGACACAGGACAGGGAGAAACAACAGCAAGUGAAUAUAACUCUCAGGAUUCAGUUGAAGUGACAGGGGAAAGACCCCUUCAAAAACCAAGUUGUUCUCUAGGAAUUAAAACAUCAAAUGCCUCCUUGCAGACUGCUUCUUCUCAGCCACCAAGCCUCACCAGUUUAAGUGUGAAUAAUCUUAUCCACCAAAGCAGCAUCACUCAUCCUCUGGUCAGUUGUACAGGUUUAUCCCAAACUUCAGACCAAACAACUGUUCCUACGACAGUGAAUCUGACUGUUUCAUCUAGCUCCUAUGGCAGCCAGCCUCCUGGGCCAUCUCUGAUGACAGAAUAUCCCCAAGAACAGCUAAAUACUAUGGCUAGUACCAUACCAAAUUCACAGAUUCAAGAGCCCCUUUUAAAACCAAAUCAUGAAAACCGUAAAGAUUCUACCAAGCGUGCUGUCCAGGAUGAUCUGCUACUGUCAUCUGCUAAGCGUCAAAAGCAUUGUCAGCCAACCCCUCUCAGGCUUGAAAAUAUGUCCCUGAUGAGUCGAACUCCAGAUAGCAUUUCUGACCAAGCUCAAAUGAUGGUUAGUCAGAUCCCUCCCAACUCUUCAAACUCAGUUGUGCCUGUUAGCAAUCCAGCACAUGGAGAUGGCCUUACACGAUUGUUUCCACCUGGUAACAACUUUGUGACCUCUGCAUUGAGGCAAACAGAAGUUCAGUGUAGUUCUCAGCCUUCAGUUGCUGAGCAGCAGCAAACUCAGGCAAGUCAACAUCUGCAGGCCCUGCAGCAGCACGUUCCCCCUCAAGGGGUAUCUCACCUUCACAGUAACCAUCUCUACAUUAAGCAGCAGCAACAGCAGCAAGCCGGACAGUUAAGAGAGAGACAUCAUCUGUAUCAGCUGCAACAUCACGUGCCUCAUGCAGAGAAUGCUGUCCACUCCCAGCCCCAUAAUGUACACCAACAGCGAACUCUACAGCAGGAAGUUCAGAUGCAGAAAAAGAGGAAUCUUGUUCAGGGGACUCAGAGCUCUCAGCUUUCCCUACAACCAAAGCACCAUGCAACUGACCAAUCCCGAACCAAGAGUGGUCAGCCACAUCCCCACCAUCAACAGAUGCAGCAGCAGAUACAGCAACACUUUGCAAGUUCCCAGCCCGAGAAGAGCUGUGAAAACCCUUCAACUAGUCGGAAUCACCACAGCCACCCCCAGAACCAUCUCAAUCAAGAGAUUAUGCACCAGCAGCAGGAUGUUGGAAGCAGACAGCAAGGUUCAGGGGUCUCUUCUGAACAUGUAUCUGGGCAUAAUCCAAUGCAGAGGCUUUUGACAUCCAGGGGCUUAGAGCAGCAGAUGGUGUCCCAGCCAAGUAUUGUGACUAGAUCUUCAGACAUGACUUGUACUCCACAUAGGACAGAGAGAAAUCGAGUUUCAAGUUACUCUGCUGAGGCACUCAUUGGAAAGACAUCUUCUAAUUCAGAGCAGAGAAUGGGUAUACCAAUUCAAGGUUCCAGGGUGUCAGAUCAGCUUGAAAUGAGAAGCUAUCUUGAUGUUCCCAGAAAUAAGAGCUUGGCAAUUCAUAAUAUGCAGGGUCGUAUAGACCAUACUGUUGCCUCAGAUAUCCGCCUUUCUGAUUGUCAGACAUUUAAACCAAGUGGAGCCAGUCAGCAGCCCCAGAGUAAUUUUGAAGUACAGUCUUCAAGAAAUAAUGAAAUAGGUAACUCUGUAUCAUCAUUGAGGAGUAUGCAGUCCCAGGCUUUUCGAAUUAGCCAAAACACUGGGCCACCACCAAUUGACCGUCAAAAGAGAUUACCUUACCCACCAGUUCAGAGCAUCCCAACGGGAAAUGCUAUCCCGCCAAGGGACAGUGAAAAUACAUGUCACCAAAGUUUCAUGCAGAGUUUGCUUGCCCCUCACCUUGGUGAUCAGGUCAUUGGGAGCCAGAGAUCACUCUCAGAACAUCAGAGGAAUACACAGUGUGGUCCAUCCUCUGCAGUUGAAUAUAAUUGUCCCCCAACUCAUGAAAGUAUCCAUAUUAGAAGAGAUAGUGAGAGUCAGAAUCGAGAAAGUUGUGAUAUGUCUUUAGGUGCAAUUAACACCAGGAAUAGUACCUUGAAUAUUCCCUUUUCAAGUUCUUCUUCUUCAGGAGAUAUUCAAGGUCGAAACACAAGUCCCAAUGUUUCUGUACAGAAAUCUAACCCCAUGAGGAUUACUGACAGUCAUGGGACUAAGGGCCACAUGAACCCUCCUGUCACAACGAACAUGCAUGGGGUUGCAAGGCCAGCUCUGCCACAUCCAUCUGUGUCUCAUGGAAAUGCUGAGCAAGGGCCUCCUGUACGUCAAGCUAAUACUUCAGUUCCCCAAAGAUCGAGACAUCCCUUACAAGACAGUGGUAGUUCCAAAAUUCGUCAGCCUGAAAGGAAUCGUUCCGGAAACCAAAGACAUAGUAAUGUCUUUGAUCCAAGUCUUCCCCAUCUUCCUCUCUCUACUAGUGGCAGUAUGAUUCUUGGACGUCAACAGCCUGCUACAGAGAAGAGAGGAAGUAUUGUUCGCUUCAUGCCUGACAGUCCGCAAGUACCUAAUGAUAAUUCAGGUCCUGACCAGCAUUCAUUAUCCCAAAAUUUUGGUUUUCCUUUUAUUCCUGAGGGUGGCAUGAACCCACCAAUAAAUGCUAAUACUUCUUUCAUUCCACAGGUCACUCAGCCUAGUGCCACUCGAACUCCAGCCCUCAUCCCAGUAGAUCCCCAAAAUACUCUACCCUCUUUCUAUCCCCCAUAUUCUCCUGCUCAUCCUACGCUGUCCAAUGAUAUUUCAAUCCCCUACUUUUCGAACCAGAUGUUCUCAAAUCCCACCACAGAGAAAGUAAACAGUGGAAGUUUAAAUAACCGAUUUGGAUCUAUUCUAUCUCCUCCCAGACCUGUUGGCUUUGCUCAGCCAAGUUUUCCUCUUCUGCCUGAUAUGCCACCAAUGCACAUGACCAACUCUCACUUAUCUAACUUUAAUAUGACAUCCUUGUUUCCGGAAAUAGCAACUGCUCUUCCCGAUGGCUCAGCAAUGUCACCUUUGCUUACAAUAGCAAACUCUUCUGCCUCUGACUCUUCCAAGCAGUCCUCAAACCGACCUGCCCAUAACAUAAGCCAUAUUUUAGGUCAUGAUUGCAGUUCAGCUGUCUAAGUAGAUAAGUACAUGUAAUGGUAUUAGGUGAGGUUACAAAUGUACUUGUGUGUGCUCACAUGCUUAUAUGUACACAAAGAGAGGGUUGUGUAUGUAUGUCUUUGUGCUUUUUUUUCCUCUUUGUGUUUGUAUAAUCAAUUUUCAGUUAUCUUCUGAAUGCUAGAGAGGCCAUGUCAGAGAUGUUAGCUUGUCAAAUACAAGUUAGCUUUAAUUUUUAACUGCACAAUGUACUUUUUUUAAUCUUUGAAGUAGAUUUACAUUUCCAUAUUUGAUUUGUAAUUUUAUAGUCUCUGACUAUUAAUCAGUUGGAGGUUAAGGAAGAUCAUCUUGGCAAUGUGCUGGGUAGAAGGAAGGAGCUGAGAUUUGAAACUUGAUUAUUGAUAAUUUUUAAAGUACUUGAGGUAGCUGAGUUGCUGUCUAAAAAUAUGGGCAACUUGGUAAGACACAGUGAUGCGUAGUGAGAUGCUGGCUAAUAACAUCUAAAACAACUUUUAUACUAUGGUCAGUGUUAAAUUGAUGUCAAUUAAAUAUCCUCACUAGAGCCAAGUAUUGGCAAAUAAAUGGGUUGUUUAAUCAGCCUUCAUUCCCCAGGGUUGGUUUAGAUAGAGGCUUUUUUUCUUAAUUAUAAUUUUCAUAAAAUAUCUGAAUUCCAUGAAUUAUUCUUCAAAGUAAGGAAUCACAUUUUCCUUGAAUGUGCCAAGAUCCUUUAAAGCAACAGUCUUCCUUAGACAGUUAGCCUUAAAAAUAGACCUGAAAAGUAAAGUACAUAAAUAUUUUUCAUUUUUGUACUUGCAGUUUGCAUCAGCCCCUAAGAAUAAAAAGUAGUUAUACAGUAGAGUUUUUCAUGAGUUCAGUUAAAGAGUGGUGUUUUACCAGUUGAGUUUUUUGGCUUUGUUGUUCCCCGAUGUUGGGUGUUGAACUUACACUAGGUAAGCACUACAGCUCUGACUUAUAUCCCCAGCCUUCAGUUGAGUUUGGUUUAGUAUUCUUUCUUUUCUGUCAGUAAAUAAUGUAUUUAGAAUCUACACAUUUAUUUGAGCCUUACUUUUAAAAUAUUUCAACAGAGUUUUAAACCCUCAGUAUUUUCAUUUACUGAUAUUUAUAUUUUAAAUAUGGUAUUGUCUAUUGCAUUAUUACCCUUCAUAAGAAUGAGGUGAAUUACAUUAAGAUGAAUUUGUUAUUUUUCUUAAUGGUAGAUGUGAAAUGGUGCUUCAAAAAAGUAUAUAUGUAUGUGAAUGUGUGAGAGUAUGUAUGAAAACAGAUUUUAAAGUAUAAACUGGUUCUUACUAUUCCACAGUGUAUAAAUAUUUGAGAAUGUGUUAUACAUGAUAAAUACAUACAAUUUUAUGUUAAUUAAAAACUAAAUAAAAUUUGAAAAAAAAAUAGGCCUGCCAUCUGAAAAUGGAAAAUUGAAACCUGCUAAAAAACAGAAAAACCUGAUAUGGGUGGAGUUUUUAAAGACCUCUCUGAUGUUAAUAAUAAAUUGAAAAACACUUAUAUUGAAUUUUGAAAAUUUAAGAAAACCUAAGAAAGCAACUGCUGUAUGUAUACUUGUUUUCUUAAACCUGUUGAACCUGACUUUUUAGUUUUAUUCUGCCAAAAAUGAAAUGGGAGAGAUGCAUAUAAAUUGUCCUGUCUACUGUGUUGAAGGAGUGAGCCCAGGGCCCAACAUGUUUUUUCCAUCCUGAGGAAGCCUCUCUGGCCUGGUCAGAGCAGUUACUUCCAAUGAAUACCUCUUCUAAAGACUCAGCGCAAGGGUUGUUUGUGCCUCUUGAACUGUUCUCACCAAACACUCCUGUUUCUGCUGCCAACUAAAGCAGCCUCCCUGGGGGCCAAAAAAAAAAGUGUGAACAAAAGAAACCUAUGUUGUUUUCCUUCAAAAAGAUCGUGGAGAAGAAUAGGAGAGCUUCAUGAAUAAAUUAUUUAAAAUGAUGGAUAUACAUAACAGUUUAAAACUUUGUUAUGCAUGAAAAGCAAGACUCAUGAUUUGCUUUUUAAUUCUGUUGAGUUUUAAGCUUUAACAUUAAGCUUUUAAUUUGUACUUGAAAGAUCUAGUCCGUUUCAAGAAGGGAAGUUUUCUGUGCCUCUGGCCAUUCAUUCUCCCUCUCUUCUCGUUCUGUUUCUCCAUCUCACACACACUGCACAUCACAGUGGCUGUUGAGUCCUGAAGAACUGGAGACUGCUAGAGAUGGCUGGAGCUAAAGUAUUGACAGAGGAGAUUCUUUUGGUUUUUUUUGAGAUGAGGUCUGAUUGUGUUGCCCAAGCUGGUCUCAAACUCUUGGGCUAAAAUAAUCAUCCUGCCUCAGCCUUCUGAUUAACUAGGACUAUUGGCAUACAUCACCAUGCCUCACUGAGAAGCUCAGUUUAAAUACUGCAGCGCACAACUCUCUCUCUUGCAUUCACUUUAUUUACUACUUAGCUGUGUGCAGAGAUAGCAUUUGCAUUUUCUCAGAACUUUCUUUCCAAGAAUUCAACACUUUGAUACUGAAUGAGUCUCAGGAAGACUUCCUUGGCCAUCUAACGAAAGAUGUGACCAUCUGCAAAUAACUGGGUUUCUACUUAUAUGCAGCUCUACCUUAUAGACAUGAUACAUACAUGUGGUAUAGAUCAUUUCGUAAAUGGGCUGGACUCUGUACAUGUUCACAGCAUAGUGCUCCUAUUUGAUUUAAAAGCAUAAGCACUUACUAGCAGUAUUUUUUUAUUAGAGCUACAUGACUUUGGGGAAAGAAAUUUGUUAUAAACUAUCUUGUGAUAUCUUGCAAUAUCAUAAGGAUGCAAGGAUGUAAAGGAAUUGCAGAAAAUGCAGUCAAGUUUUGCUUAAAGUAAAUUUAGUAUUAUUUUUUGCUCAUUAACAUGACUAUAUAAGCCAAAUAAUUUCAUAACAUUGAAAUCCACAAAUGUUUGAGUCAUAGGUUAAAUCAUUUCUCUUUCAUCAUUACUGAUCACAGACUCAGUUAUGGAAAGUGGCUGAUUCCUUUCAUCAUUUAACAGUUCUAAUGAAGUGAAAAAUUUCGUUUCUCUUCAUAUUUUGACUUUGUCAAUGAGUUUGUUAAAUAUGUCAGUGAAUGAGAUAAACCCAUUUCUUUUUUUUUUUUUUAAACAUAGGUUACUUUGGGAUGUCACGUUUUGUGUCACUGCAGGAAAUUUUUGUUUUUGUUGUAAGAAUUUUUGGGCUAUCAGAGGUAGCAUCCUUUUUCUAACUGAGACAUGAGAUUUCUACAGAGAUCAUGAUUUAUAAAAUUUAACUGAAAUGUGAAAGUGGAGGAAAUGUGUUUUGCAGCAGUCUCCAGUCACAUAUUCCAGUUAUGUUGAACUGCAGUGGAGAUCAACUUUUUUUUUUUUUUUUUUUUGUCUUUUUUAUCGGUACCGGGGAUCGAACUCACAACUGCCUGCUUCCAAGGCAGGCGCUUAUGCCGCUGAGCUAAAUCCCCAGCCCCAGCCCAAGAUCAACUUCUUAAAAUCAGCUUUUUUUUUUUUUUUUGGAAUCAGGGAUUGAACUCAGGACCGCACACUUGGCAGGCAGGCACUUACACCACUGAGCUAAAUCCCCGGCCAAAAUCAGCUUUCUUAAGGUAUAGAAUUAUGUCACUUGCCUUGUUCUUGCCUUCUGAUAUUAGACCUUUAAUAGAGAGGCUGAAACUUGAACUUCCAAAAAGUAUAGACACACAUUUUAGUAAAAUAAAAAAUUUUCAACGUUGAAAUAGGCUAAAGAUUUAUUAAUAUGCAUUUUCUCAGCUUUAUUCCUUUGAUAUAUAGAUCCUUAGGCUCUUACUUUCUUCCAUUUGCUCUGUGUCAAACAGGUGACAGGUAACCUGGUCAUUUCUUCAACAGGAUAAUUACUCCUUUGUCUAGAAACAAUUAUUAGGCCUACCUUGUGUUAGUGAAUCAUACUUUCAAAUCAGCAAUUCAUAAUUUAUGGCUUUGGAACCACUAUGGUGCCAGGAGCAACAACAUAUUUAAAAACAGUAGUUCAGAAUUGAUCCAGAAUAUUUCAGUGUGCCAUGUGACUCUCUUCCUUGGUUUGGUGGACUUAUUUUUUUCCCCAUGGUCCAGUGAAGAGAAGGGCAACUGAAUGGCUUUGGAUCAAUAUCCGUAGGAGCCUGGAAGUCUUUGUAAUUCUAUCUAGACAAAUGCUGCCUGUACCUGGAAGUAAUUUACCUACCAGAGAUGAAUAAUAAUAGCCAAUGGCUAGCUACACAAUGUGGAGUAAUCCCCUUGAGUGAUGGUUUUAUGAUACUGAUAUGCAAUUAAAGGCAAAGAUUAAUUUCUUUUUGAGAUGCCUUUUUGGCUGAGUAUUAACUGUUUUUGCUUUCCCAAAGUUGUACAGAAAAGGGUCGUUUUUUAUUUAACUAUAUUCUGCAUUCUACUCUUCCUGUGUUGGGUUUCUACUAGAGUAAAACCUAGAGAAUGUGUGCAUUGGACUCUGUGGAGGCCACCACGUGUAGAAUAAGGCAGUCCAGUACUCUGUGGGAGGGGAACAUUGAGGACCUUGUUGGAUGCAGACCUGGUUCUGUCCCCAUGCAUCUAUCCUGGUACUGCACUUUAACUGAAACUGUGCCUCUGGUCCCUAGACCAGAUACUGGAGCAUAUCAUUUGUCCACUCCUCUGUUACAGUAAAAGACCAACUGGGAUGGUAUAUGCUGUGUAAUCAAACACCUCCUAGAAGACAAGUACAGUUGAUGUUUCUCACUGUUGCCUUAUCAUUAUCUGAGCCAUCUUUGAAACUGAUCUUGUAAAAAAAAAAUAGUAGCAAAACUUUUAAAUACAAAGCUUGUAUGUGGUGGUCAUUCAGCAUCUUUAUUUCUAGAUUCACAUAAAUAUCUACUGUAAUCUUUCUUGCACACGUAUGUAGUCAGACCCUUCACAAUCAUGAGUCAGAUUGAAAAUAUUGGACAUAAUAUCCAUAUUGGUGUUGUUUGGGAUGACUACAUAAUCCAUCAUAGAGAUUUCAUGUGAUAGAGGACAACUUCAUUUAUGAUGUCAUACAUUUUUUUAAGAAGAUGAACUUUUAUUUUUGGGGUUGUGUGUGCAGCGAUACACCAUACUAUUUCAUAGUAAUUUAAUGUCUGAUUCAUUUAAAUCCCUUCUUCACUUUUUUGAGACCUUUUCACCCUCCCGUCCUGAAGUCUUAAAAAUCACUUUCACCUGUGAGAUCACUGAAGCGCUGGACUUGACGAUGGUGGUAAAUUUUACUGGGGAGUUGAACUCUUGAUCUUCCGAGAAGAAAGGGACCAGACAGUGUUGCUUAAGAUGCUGCAGUUGUGUUACUGUGAAAAGAUUUGCUUCCACUUUCAGCAGGUUAUAUAUCUAUAUCUAUUUCUAUAUAUAUAUUUUCAUUUUGUUAAAAAAAAAAGGUUGAAAAAUCUGAGAACAUAAUUACCUUCACAAAUUAUUCAUAGACACACUGGGUGAGCUUACCAUAGGGCAGUUAUUAGGAAAAAAACUAAUUUUACUGCUUCAAUAGUAUAUUUGUAUCUAUUACCAUGCCAGCAAGAUCUGCUGUGCACUGUGUCCUAUUACUGUAAAACACCUGGUUUAUAAUUCUAAUGGAAAUUAAUUUGUUUUGUAAUGGAAUCCAGAAAAGAUAUGUAUAAUAGGAUUGUCUUACAGUUGUAAAUAAGAAUAGGUCCUGUUUAUUUUGACAUUUUUACAAAUGCAUUGUAUUAGGGUGUGAAUAUUCUGAACCAUGCUCUUGUUUAAAGUUUUGAAAUUUUUAUUGUUAAAUGUAACACUUUAAUGGUUGUAAUAAUUAUUUGUAUAGAUAUGAAUAUAGUAUUUUAUUUAAGAAAAUAAACUUUGCAAUUUUUUGCAUUGGAA